CAUGAAUGAAAAGUGCAUCGCCGAUUACAAUCACACCAACACUAGCACACAAAACGUUGCACAUUGUUGCAUAUGGUGUUGAGUGAGGAUGUAUUGUGCAGUAGUAGUGGCGUGAUGGAUUGCGUGUUGAGUGUAAUCAACCACGAAAAGUAAACAGACAUCCACCGACGGCCGUUCUCAAGAGCCGAAAGAAAAAAUCAAGUGAACCAGUUGGUGUUUUUGUUCGCUUGUUGCUGGUGUCGUGAGAUACUAAAUUAAUCCAAAGCCUAGUACGAUUUUUAGAUUGGUAGUCAAGCACGUGAGAGUAAAGUUUACCAAAUAAUCGAAGUUACCAUGGGCGGUGAUCUGAAGGAUUUUUUGCGCCAGGCGGCAAUGCAAGUUGGUGCAGGUGGGUCAGCUGGCUUCGUGGAGGUUUGCAUCAUGCACCCGUUGGAUUUGGUAAAGACUCGGCUUCAGCUGCAAGCCAAACCUGGCACCGUGGCAGGUAAAACGGGGACCUACUACAAUGGAGUUUUCGACUGCAUUCGGAAAAUGGCCCGCUCCGAGGGUUUUUUCUCCCUGUACAAAGGAAUUCUGCCCCCAGUGCUGGUGGAAACCCCGAAACGAGCAGUGAAGUUCCUUACUUUCGAACAGUAUAAGCGGUUCUUCAUGUUCGGUGCCGAUAAGCCUACGCCACUGACAUUCUCCCUUGCUGGCCUUGGCGCAGGAGUGACCGAAGCUAUCUUAGUGAAUCCUUUUGAAAUGGUGAAAGUAACAUUGCAAGCCAACAAGAACAAAGUCGGCGAAGUACCGAGCACAUGGGCCGUAACGCGACAGAUCAUCCAUGAGUCCGGUUUCGGUCUGAAUGGUUUGAACCGUGGGCUCACAGCAACCAUCGGUCGGAAUGGUGUUUUCAACAUGAUCUACUUCGGGUUCUACCAUAGCGUGAAGGGUUUCCUACCGGAGUAUGAGGACCCCGUGGAGGAGUUUCUCCGUAAGGUAGGAAUCGGCUUCGUUUCCGGUACCCUUGGAUCGGUUGUAAAUAUUCCGUUUGAUGUGGCCAAAUCCAGGAUUCAGGGUCCACAACCGGUCCCAGGUCAGGUAAAGUAUAAGUCCACCUUUGGCUCGAUUGCCAUCGUGUAUCGCGAAGAGGGCUUCGCAGCCCUGUACAAGGGCCUAACGCCUAAAGUGAUGCGUUUGGGACCGGGCGGGGCAAUCAUGUUGGUAGUGUAUGAUUAUGUGUACGAGUUCCUAGAAAACUAUUUUAAAAAAUGAUACGGAUUCAGCGCAGUAAAACUAGUGCAUGAUUCCUAAAGUCUACCUCGAGGUUGUUCCUUCUUGGAGUUAUACAAUAAUGUCCAGUUUUCAAAACGACUGUUAACAAUCACAUCGAUUCCAGUUAUCUACCACCAAGCAUUUUUUGCCAGAAAGUUUAAUUUAUCUCAACGUUAUUACUAUAAAGUCAAGCAUUUAAAUGUAACAAAGUUUAUACAACAGGAUCUUUAAUAUAUGUUGCUGAAUAAAAGUUCUUGUAAUAAUCUAAUGGCAUUUAAAUCAAGUUGUUGCAUGAUUUAGAUUACUUCAGAAUAAACAAUAAUUUUAAAGUGUUAUAAAUAUGUAUUUUGAUUUUCAUGCAUUAAGUAAUUUGAAUAAAUUAA